AUGACAGACCAGCCGAAUACCCCAGCCGUGCUGGCCGUGGACUGGGGCGGAACGUGGUGCAGGGCAGGCUUGAUAGACCGGCAAGGCGAGGUCUUGUGGCAGGCUCGCCGCCCAAACCCCAGGGGCGGAGGCACUGCCCAGUACCUCGCGUUGGCAGAUACGCUGCUGGCAGAGGCAUUCGGGCUCGAGGGAAUCCACGCCGACAGCAUAGGAAUUGCGGUGGCGGGACCAGUGGACCCGGAGAGCGGCACGCUUUACCAGCCGCCGAACCUGAUGCCCCUGGACGGCAUCUCACUGAAACAGAUCUGGCACGAGAGGUACGGCCUGCCCGUGGCCCUGGGCAACGACGCAAACAUGGCUGCCAUUGGCGAAUUUCAUUUCGGAGCCGGAAGAGACGCGGCCCAGGCAGGCAGGCCUCACCGAAGCCUAUUCUACGUCACUGUAAGCACUGGCAUCGGCGGCGGGGUGGUGGAGCGCGGCUCGCUCCUCCUGGGGGCCAACGGGCUUACGGCCGAAGUGGGCCACACCACCAUUGACACAACGACCAGCGCGCCGCCCUGCCAGUGCGGAAAACGGGGCUGCCUGGAGGCGGUGUCAUCGGGCACGGCCAUCGCGGCCUACGCAAGGGCCAGGCUGUCAGAAGGCCGAAACCGGGACUCGGCGCUCGCCGCGCUGUCGCCGGAAGAUCUCUCGGCGAGAGCGGUCGUGGCCGCAGCGGUGCAGGGCGACACUUUCGCCCAUGCGGUCAUCGCCCGCGCGGUGGAGGGGUUGGCGAUCGGUUUGGCCAACGUCGUCCACCUGUUCAACCCGGACCUGAUCAUCCUGGGCGGAGGGGUUUCGGAGGGACUGACCCAGCUCAACCUGCUCCCCCGAAUAAGGCAGGGUAUCCACGAGCGACUUAUGAGCGAAUUGCACAAGGUGUUCGACCUCGUGCCCUCUGUCCUGGGAGACAACUCCGGCCUGCUGGGCGCAGCUGCCGCCGCCUGGGAGCUGACGGACAACCUCUAG